AUGAUAGGCCGCAAACAGGGAGUACAAUCACGAAUUAUUUCAGAGAACCCUAGAGCUUUUUUUGUACCUUGCACUGCUCACAGCCUUAACUUACUUCUCGGAGAUAUGGCAUCGUCUAUACCGGCUGCUAUGACAUUUUUUGGCGUUAUUCAACGAAUUUAUACAAUUUUUAGUGCUUCUACUGAAAGAUGGACUAUUCUUUUAAAAUACCUUUCAGAUUUUACUUUAAAACCAAUAUCAGAUACCAGAUGGGAAUCUCGGAUCGAAUCAAUUAAACCCAUUCGUUUUCAAUUAUGCCAAGUACACGAUGCUUUAGUAGAAGUCAGUGAAUUAACAAAAGAUCCUAAAAUAAAAAGUGAAAGUUCGUCUUUGGCAAAUUAUGAAUUUUCUUAUGAUUUUAUUUUAAGUGUUGUUAUUUGGUAUGAACUACUAUCUGCUAUUAAUAAAGUUAGUAAGAGUCUUCAGAGCGAAAGUAUGGAAUUGAGUAAUGCUGUUCAGUUAUUAAGUGGUCUUAAAGAUUUUUUUACUAAUUUUAGAGAAAAGGGGUUUCAGUUAUCAAAAAAAACUGCACAAAAAUUAUGUGAAGACAUUGGAACUCCAGCAAUUUUUAAACAAUCUAGAAUUCUAAAAAAAAGUAAGCAGUUUGGUUAUGAAAGUAAUGAUACACGUACAGUUUCGAAUGAACAAAAAUUUUAUCAAGAUUAUUUUUUGACAGUGGUAGAUCAAGCAAUCGUAUCAAUUAACCAACGCUUUGAGCAAUUAUCUCAUCAUUCAGAAAAUUUUGGAUUCUUAUAUAAUAUUGAAAAUUUGAAGUUAUUUGAAGAUGAAACAUUACGAAAACAUUGUAUGGAUUUAGAAAUAUUAUUAAAGGAUGGUGAAAAUUGUGAUUUAAGUGGAAUUGAACUUUUUGACGAGUUAAAAAUAUUUUGUAGAAUUUUGAACAAACCAAAAACAUCUAUUGAGUGUCUUAAUUUAAUAGAAUCAACAUGUGGUUCAUUUCCGAACAUAUCUAUUGCAUUAAGAAUAUUAUUAACUCUUCCAAUAACUACUGCAAGUGCUGAGAGAAGCUUCUCAAAGCUAAAAAUCAUUAAGAACUAUUUGAGAACAACAAUGUUGCAAGAUCGACUUUCUGAUUUAGCGAUUAUUUCAAUAGAACGAGAUUUAUGUGAAAAUAUAGACUAUAACGAUAUUAUUGAAAAGUUCGCAGAAAUAAAAGCCAGAAAAAUUAAUUUUUAA